UCCUCAUCUGUCAAUCUGCGGAGGCGGGACUCUGCCUGCUCGUGCUCCCAGGAGGCGAUAGAUGCGCGAGCUGUACUUUUCUACUGUGUUGGAGCGCUUCGCAGUUCUCGAGCUCAGUCCGAGCGUCAAGCGAACGGCUUGCGGAAAGCGCAGUGGGACUUCAACCGAGGAGAAGUUGUUGAAGGAGCCUGUAGUAUUGAUUGCAGCAGCCUGCACCUGGAUAAGCCCCAUCAGCAGCGCGCGGAGAAGCGAAAGAGCGAAGAAAGUGUGUUGACGGCCAACGGACAGCUGUUAUAGAAGGAAGGCAAUAUGAUGAUGAAGCAGCACAUGCUGUUCACCCUGUACAGCAUCUGCGGGAUCGUCCUUAAAGAUAUUCUCGCCAUUUCAGUGGCGGCAACGAAAAACAAAGUGAGAGGAACCCAAGGCCAGGUCCCUAUCAUCCAGAACAUGACUGUGACAGAAGGAGGAAUAGCCAACUUGACCUGCCGUGUGGAACACAAUGACAACACCUCCCUCCAGUGGUCAAACCCUGCACAACAGACGCUCUUCUUUGGGGACAAGAAAGCGCUGAGAGAUAACCGGAUUGAGCUGGUCCGAGCCACGUCGCAGGAGUUGACGAUCAGCAUCAGUGAGGUCACGCUGGCAGACGAGGGGAUGUACACCUGCUCCCUGUUCACCAUGCCUGUCAAAACAGCCAAGGCUUUCCUCACCGUCCUGGGUGUGCCUAAGAAACCAGAGAUCAAUGGACUCACCAAGCCUGUGUUGGAGGGAGAUCAAAUCACACUGACCUGUGUGACCUCUGGCAGCAAACCUGCGGCUGAUGUCCGAUGGUUCAAGAAUGAGAAGGAGAUCAAAGGUGCCAAAGAGGUGAAUGCCAGUGGCAAGACUUUCACAGUGAAGAGCUCCCUUCAGUUCCUGGUGAACCGGCAUGAUGACGGUGUGGCCUACACUUGUAGAGUGGACCAUGUGUCCCUAACUGCCACCCACGAAGAGACCACACAGGUCUUGGAGGUCCACUAUGCUCCCUAUGUAGAGAUCAAACACUCCAUACCAGCCACACUGGAGGGGCAGUACCUCAAACUGGAAUGUGUACCUCAUGGAAACCCCUCGCCAGACCCAGUACUCUGGACUAAAGACGGAGGAGAGCUGCCAGACUUGGACCGGGUGAUUGUCGAAGGAAGAGAGCUCACCUUUAUGUCACUGAACAGAACAGAUAACGGCACCUACCGCUGUGAAGCUACCAAUCACCUCGGCACCAGCCACGCUGAAUAUAAGCUGGUUGUUAAAGAUGCCCCCACCACAUCGUCACCAUCCACAACUUCCCCUUCACCCAUCCCUCGAGACAAUACAGGUCCCUUAGACUCCAAGGAUCUCAAUUCUGCUGUCACCGGUAACAGAGAUCCUAAUGCCCUGCCAGGCCCGCCAGACCACGCUCUGAUCGGUGGAAUUGUUGCCGUCGUCGUUUUCGCCACUUUGUGCUUAAUUAUUGUAUUAGGACGCUACCUGGCACGGCAUAAAGGCACGUAUUUGACAAACGAGGCAAAAGGAGCAGAUGACGCCCCGGAUGCAGACACAGCAAUCAUCAAUGCUGACGGCAACCACGCACAUGCAGAAGAAAAGAAAGAGUAUUUCAUUUAGACUGCAAUGGCACUGCGCUCCUCUCUCUCUCCUCUCGUUCUUUCCCUCCUUCCCUGCACCGUGUAGGAACUUCUUCAGACAGCGGCGGAAGCUUCUCACUCUUUCUGUACAGUUUGUUGUUUUUCAUUUCAGUUUGGAUUUCUUUUGCCUUUUUCGAUAACAGCUCACCUACUACUUUAUACAAGCAACUUUUUUGCUGAAGAUGUCACAUUUUGUAAUCAUUGAAUAGCUGUAAAACACCCCAAAGUAGUAAAAAAAGUCAAAAUCUCCAAAUAUGAAAAAAAAAGUAUAUAUAGUCUGCAGCCAUCCUCCAAUAAGGACUCGCCCUUCAUCCUCUCACAGUGCCUAAAUAUACAGAUGUCCGCUGAGUUUCAGUCAAUGCUUUCAUGUUUGUCAGGGCUCUGAUUGGUUGCUUGCUUUUUAUCUUCAGCGUUAUGAUUUUUUGAAAAUGUUUUGUGCUCUGUUAUGUUUUUUAAAUAAUUUCUACUUUA